GGCGCGAUGUUGAACAGAAUGGAUUUUCAUUCUAGUAAUCUAUCAUACCGCGGAAGAAGGAUGGAGAUUCUUCUGGUAGUUUUAGCUGUCAUCAAACUAUUAAAAGUGAUAUCUGUUUACGCUACGUAUGAACUGUUAAAGAAUUCUAAUCCUCUCACUAUAUUAAUUGCUUUAAAAUUUACUGCAUUACUUAUUAUGGUGCCACUGCAGAAGCCUUUUAAUGGACCUAAAUUGAAGAUUACUGAGUGGUUUCACAUCUUAAAGUUCUCUUUUGUCCGGCUUCUUAUUGAUGCUUUUUGGAUAGAAGGGCUUAUUCUUUGUGGUCCCUUCAGGUUUAUUUUGUUGUUCGAGCACAGCGAACUUCUAAUUCUUGCUUCAGUUGGUACAUUUAUCUUCGGGUCCAAUUGCACUAAAAAAACUCGAGGGUCAGUAUUCUUUGUAAUUGGUGUAGUGUGUUUGGUAUUUUUCGACCAUGAUUAUAGUCAUGGGGAGACGGAGCAUCCUGAAGGAGUUCAUAAAAGUUUCCUAAUCCAUCAUUUAUAUGAAUUAUUUGUAAACUUUGGACUCUCAGAUCACAAGGUUGGUGUUGUUGUCCUAAUUAGUGCGGUUUGCUUGGAUGCCGGGCUAGCUUCAAUUUCUAGGACGUUAGUAACAUCUGUCGGAGGUGCCAAACGUUUAUACAGCCUUUCUGCGUUAAUCAGCUUCGUCAUAUUGAUUCCGUUUUUUCUUCUUACUCACUUCUUCAAUGAAAACUCCUUUCACACCAAGGAACAAUUAAAUCUUUUGAAGAUGGUAGAAAAUGUUAACAAUCAAAUGCCUUCUCAUGAAUCAUCUGGAAAUAUCCCACAAAGAGAUUGGCUAUUUUGGAUGGUUUAUAUAAGUACCAUGCAUGUAAUCGAUUUCUAUAUGACCAGUCUGGUCAGCGGGCGACUUGGUUCUCAAUCAGUGACUCGUCUUGCUAAACUAACUGUCGUUAUAACUAGCCUAAUAUUCAGCCUUUUCUGGUCAUCUUCAGAUUCCGUAGAACAAUUUGUUUCAGUCGAUCGUAAUGAGAUUCUUGUAAACAGUUUCCUACUUAAACAUCAAAUGUCUGUUGGAGUAAUUGUUUCGGUCGUUUGUAUUUUAUAUGCUUCAGAUCUUUUAACUGCAGAUAAAUCUGGUCAUGGUCCAGAAGGCAUUUCAAGUGGUCAUUUUAUUGGUUAUUCAAUGGCUGGUUUACCUUUAUUUACUGCUGGACAAACACCUACACACGGUACUGCCUUAUUAGCGAAUUCAGAAGAAUUUGGUCUAUGGUAUCAUUUACGAGCUACGUUUCAUGGCAUAUUAACUGGACAAGCUUCACGUCGCAUUUUCGCGUUCUUGUGUUUAAAUCUAGCUUUUACAUUUGUGGAACUUUUUUAUGGUGUAUGGACAAAUAGUUUAGGUUUAAUUUCUGACGGUUUUCAUAUGUUAUUCGAUUCAGCAGCACUUGUAGUAGGGUUAUAUGCUGCUGUAGUUUCACACUGGAAACCGACACGUAUAUUCUCAUUUGGAUAUAACAGUGCAGAGAUUCUAUCUGGACUUGUCAAUGCACUGUUCCUGUUGGUUAUAUCUGGAUCAGUGUUUAUCAAUUCAAUUGUACGUAUUCAUCAACCACCAGACAUUAAAACUGAUAAAUUAUUGGCUGUAUCUAUUUUAGGUUUGCUCGUAAAUAUUGUUGGUGUUGUCGCUCUUGGUCAUGCUCACAGUCAUGGAGGCCAUGGUCAUAGUCAUGGUGGACAUGGUCACAGUCAUAGUGGUUCCCACGGUCAUAAUCAUGGAGGCAGUUCUAGUGGACAUUGUCAUAAUCACGAGCAUGGUCACAGCCAUAGCCGGAAUCAUAGCGACAGUUCAAAUAGAUCUCAUUCUCAUCACCAUGAUCUCAAACAUGCUGUUGAAGCUCAUAAUGAAGAACUUCAUUAUGGUCAUACACACGGUCAUCAGCAUCACUGUGGAUCGCACAAAUCACAGAAAGAUGAAGCAGGAGAUGCUAACCUACGAGGUGUGUAUUUACAUGUGCUUGCUGAUACUUUGGGUAGUGUAAGUGUAAUAUUCAGUUCAUUUCUGGUAACCAAUUAUGGUUGGAAUGUAGCUGACCCGAUAUGUUCAAUGUUUAUUGCAUGUGUAAUUGGCUAUUCAGCUAUGCCUUUGCUCAAUGAUACCCUUUGUUUGCUUACUUUAAAAGUACCUGAUGAAUUUCAUUCUCAAUUAAUGGUUAAGAAAAUAUUACAAGUGGAUGAAGUUGUUUCUGUUUCAAAUCCAUUUAUUUGGACUCAUAUGCAUAAAUCUGUAUGUGUUUGUGUAACGGUUCGAAUUCAGUCUAGUGCCUCAGAACAAGUAUUAUUACGAAAGAUUAAAGAAUUAAUUCAAAAUCAUUUCACAUCUAUAUCUCAUUUAACUAUACAAAUUGAAAAAGAAGAAUAUGAAUAUCAUACUCAAGCUAUGGGUUUACAUUUAUCUGUUAUUGGACAUUAUCCUAAAUCAUUUAUCAAUUCGAAUGUUUUAAUGAAUGGAUUAACACAUCAUCAUCACCAUGAUAAUACCAAUCAUUGUGGUAAAUAUAACUGUUCAUCUGAACGCAUGAAUUUAUUAUCUGUUAAAGAUAUUUAAACACGUAUGCAUUGUAGUUGUCAGUCCAUGUCGAAAAAGGAAUCUUUUGAUUUUUUAUAGCUCCGUUCCCUUUUGUUCUUCACUUCCUUCCUUAUUUGUUCGUAAAUUAUCAUUAUUAUUUCCAGUUAAUUUCUCAUUAUUCCAUAUUGUCUAAAUCAAUAACCCUUCCGGAUAAUUCUCCUUCACUUUCCACUUUCAUUAUUGUACAUAGUUGUAUUCAAUCUCUUUAAUACCAUCUCCACCCCAGUUUAUUCUAUGAAAUUAAUCAUUAUGAUCCUUGUCGUUUUUCGUUGUCUUUUGUAUAGUAUUUGUCUACCUAAUAAAGUUCCCUUACUUAUACUACUUUUUAGUAUAGUAGUAUAGAGGUUUAUUGGAGUUUUGUAUAAUAUUCGAUUUCUAGGUGAAUUAUAUUCAAAAUUAUUUCAAAGGAGCAUUCUCAGCCCUAAUUAUUUGUUUCUUUAACUAUGUACUCUAAUUCGUACUACUGAUUUAUGCUAUUUCAUAUAACUGGUUCUGAAUCUAACCCUACCGGUUCAUCUUUGGUUAUUCUUUUCGCUAUUGAUUUUGUCUGCGCCGUCAGAUAUCUUAUUUUACCUUGAUUACGUUUUUUAACUGACGUUUCUUAAAUUCUCUGGGAGUUUGCCGGUUGUUCUGUCUUUCAUCAAGCUUCAAAAUGUGCUUUUUUUGUUGGCCUAGUUACACACGUUUAAAUUAUUUAGUAGUCAACCACUUGUACUUGUAAAUGAUUUAAGCGAUGACUGUGAUUAUAUUUUUGCCUACAAAAUGUGGAGUGUAUGCAUGAAUGUGUUGUUUAUUUUAUAAGUCUGUUAAAUCAACUUAGUAAGGGUUUUUUUGAGUGAAGGUUUUUUAUAUAUAUAUUUUAUGAUUAUUUAUCACCUUUUAAAACAAACAUUUCUCGUUUUAUGCAGAAUAAAGAAUCAACCAUUGUAAAGAAUUGGUGUAUUUUUAACAUUUACUUCGGUCACACGUUAAUGAUAUUUCAGUAAUAUCGGUUUUCUUAAAAUAUUCUUCGCUUACUUUGCUGGUUUUAUGCAUUCACUUUCAUAUUAAUUAUUUUCUGCUUUGUAAAUGAGAUUAUUGCAAGGCAGAUGGGUUUGUUAAAAAUAUACUUUUUUUAAAACGUGGAUUAAUGGGUCUUUUUUGAAAAAAAUCUAAAAAAGAACACGUUAUGGCUAUUCAAAAAUCGCUGAUUAUUUGCCAUCCAAAGGACUCUUCACUGACUAUAGCCAAUUGUUUACUUGUCUGACAACUUGUAAUACUAUGCCUCCACCAUAGUGCUCCCACCUUCUAUCUUUAAAGUUAUUUGCCUGAAAACGUACUAACUAGUGUUUACUGGAUUCUCUUUUCCUACAUUGUGAACCAACUUGGAUAGUAGUAUCUUUGACUGAAUUCUUAAGUUUGUCGAAAUCUGUGUCAGUAUAGUUUUAUGUGAAGUGUGUAUGUCUUGUAAUAUUCCCCUUAAUUACUUCAGUUACUGUAUCCACAGACCUAAAGUUUUGUUGUGAAUAUCAAUAACACUCGAUCAGUAUUUGCAGUUUAUUCGAUUCAUAAAGUAUUUUAACUGCAACAUUAAAGCAAAGUAGAACUGAACUUCAAAUUGAAAAUGCUUUCUCAAUUUCUUUGUGACCUCUUUAUCAGGGCUAACACAAUUGGUGAAACAUGCAGAAAAUUGUAUUUUAUCAUUCAUUUUGGUAACUGUAAUGCAUAUAUUAUAUGAAAAGCUUAGGUCCUCAUCAAAGGUAAGGUAGAUGAUCGUAUUUAAUUCUAUGUGAACUACUCAGUUGUCAUGUGAGAAUUCUACGUUGGAUAAACUCGUCAUAGGUACAUUGACUUAAUAGGAAAAUUUAUUUCAAGUGUAAUGCAGUGAUAGGCUAAAUUUAAAGUAAGCGAGAAGUAUGUAGAAAAUCCAUAAUUGAUACUGAGGCAUACAAACAAGAUUCCAAAUUGCAUAACUUUUAGAAAUGUAAGUUUAAGAGUAUAUGGAAUAAAGUUACUAUUAGAUUAGGAAUUUCUAGGUGUGGUUGAAAGUUAGGACAAACAUUUUUUUAAACACAAAGAACGGUUAGAUUUUCUAAUGGCUAUAGAUUUCACAAGCUUUGACAAUUUCUAUUUGAGCAUUUAGAGGUUGUUUUUAAAUUAAACCCGUGACCUGCUUUACUGUACAGAAGCUGAAUUGCCAAGUCCCU